AACAAGUCUAUGGACCACGGCGACGGAGAGAACCCGCUAAACUGCGCAUUUAGGUCUGCUGGAGGCAGCUUCAUUCUCGUGCAUCGGGUUGUGCGGACGGAGCAGCAUCUCUCGGAUCCCUUCACUUGGCCUUGCCACCUGGGCUUGUCUUGGUACAGCCAAUGGGCGCAGAGGAUGACGAACAAGUGGCCUUGCUUCAAACUGGAGGUGGAGGUGAUUUACAGUCCGCUCGCACGACAGGUGAAAGAGGAGUUUGGAUUCGCCAAUCUUUCCAGCGGGGAGGGCAUCUUCACAAGGGAGACGCAGGUUGGCCUGAAGGUCCUGGCCCGUGGAGAGCAAGGUUUUCUGCCCCGCUUGGACUCGCUCACGGCCUUCAUCCUGGGGGUGGUCUCAGCCCUGGGAGUGUGGAACCUCAGAACGAUCGGGCUGAAGUUGAUGAUCAACUUCUUAUGUGGACCCAGGGGCAAGGUCUACCAGAAAGCAAUAUGUCAGCCAAUGGCCGUGAACUCCAUCCUUGCACACUGGUUCUGUCGGUGCACGGCGGCGAUUCAAACGUACAAGAAUCCUUGCGCGAGUGGUGAGCAAGCCGAACUGGAAGUGAGCGAGUUGCUACAGCUGAUUGGGAGCAAAGAGGAUCCCCCACUCCAUUUGGAGCCUGGAAUUUGCAAGAGCUUUAUCCGUGACGUGCGCCUGAAGUGCUUUCGGGAUACUUCUGAGUCCCCCGACGCCGGUGAAGGUAGCUACGAACAUUUGUCUGAUGAUGGUGGGCCUGCGCCCACUUUGGAGGAAUGGGUCACCGCGAGUGAUUAUGGAAUGCUGUCCAGCCGUGAUGUGGCGGAGAUGGUCCAUUUUGGGGCCAGUAGCGUAGAGGAGAUGCUGAGCCCUCAUCUUGCCCAUGGUGUCUCAGAAAAAGAUCUUCGGGAGCUCCAUGUGCCGGUGGCCAGCUUCCAGUGCGAGGAUGCUGAGGACUCGUCCUCGGAGAAGCUGCUCUAG